GUCGGAGCUCUGAGUCCGGCCGGGGUGUCGGGUCAGGUAAAGGGAGUUGUAGGUUUAGCGGGGGAUACGCGCUCCAGGGACACGGCUCCUGUCUGAAGAGCUCCCGGGCUGUGACAGCAAAAAGUACAGGGCUGAAGCAGUGUCCACAGCCCUUGCGUGGGAGCUGAAACUCCCCUGGGUUGCCGCGGGGCGGGAGGCAGGCGGAGCGCCAGGGAGAACCUCUGCUGCAUCCUCAGCACUCCGGCUUCCAAAGGGAACCAGUGACUUGCUCCAGCUCUGGGAGGCUUCUCAGCCACGGCCCUCCCUGCUCUGAGUGAGAUCUGCUGUGGGCAGGAUUUAGGAUAAGCUCUCCCUGUCUUUUGAUAUCUCCCUUGUGAGAAGACCCAGGUUGCUGGCUCCAUCAGACUCGAUCAUUUACUCUUUUUAUCUGUAACAGGUUCUACUGAAGCCUUUACACUUUUUGCCUGGAAGUUGGAUGGUAAAUCUAAUACCAGUUUGGCUGAUGUUUGUCUAGAACACACAUCUUAAAAUGCAGUCACAAGAUGGAGACUCGGACAAGGGCCUUGGAGGGGAGGUCACUGUGCCAGAGGAGUCAGGAGAGUCUGGGAAUGACACCAGUAACAAAGCUGCCCAAACAGAAAAUAGAGGUGAUUCUGGCAGCAUAGUGUGUGAACUACAAGUGCAGCUAGAAGGUGCAGAACAAGAGUCUGAAGAGAAGAAUAUUGAAGAUACAAUUGACCUAAGACAGUCUAAAGGCAGCUUGAAUGAGUACAGCACUGGAGACACCUUCCAAAGAGUGCAAAAAGAUGGCAAAACUCAAGAGAAAGCCACGCCUAGAGCAGAUCAACAGAAGGAGCAGAAAUCCAACAGGGAUCAGAAAUCAGUAAUCAGCUCAUACAACCAAAGGACAGAAGAAAAGAAGGGCUGUGUAAGAAUGACAAAAAAGGUUCUGCAAAACAUCUGUAAACAGCAGAAAUUGUACUGGACCCCACACCUAAAUGAUACACUUUAUUUGCAUUAUAAAGGAUUUGACCGCCUGGAGAAUCUUGAAGAGUACACUGGCUUGAAGUGUUUGUGGCUCCAAGGCAACUGCUUAACCAAAAUUGAGAACUUGGAGGCUCUGACAGAGCUGCGUUGCCUCUACUUGCAACUCAAUUUAAUUAACAAAAUUGAAAACCUGGAAGCCUUGCAGAAGCUGGAUGCCCUCAACAUCAGUAACAACUACAUUAGGACCAUUGAGAAGCUCUCCUGUCUGAAGGUCCUGCAGACUCUGCAGAUGGCUCACAAUAAGUUACAGACAGUGGAAGACAUCCAGCACUUGCAGGAGUGCCCAAGUAUUUCUGUCCUGGAUCUUUCCCACAACAAUCUAAGUGAUCCAACUAUUAUCACUGUUCUGGAGACCAUGCCCAACUUGCGUGUGCUGAAUUUGAUGGGAAAUGAAGUGAUAAGGAAAAUUGCUAAUUACAGGAAAACACUUAUUGUUCAACUAAAACAACUAAUGUAUCUGGAUGACAGACCAGUUUUCCCAAGGGACAGAGCCUGUGCAGAAGCCUGGGCUGUUGGAGGGCAUGCAGCUGAGAAAGCAGAGAGGGAAAAAUGGGAAAACAAAGAGAGAAAAAAAAUCCAAGACAGCAUCAAUGCUUUAGCAGCAAUCAGGAAAAGGGCAGAGGAAAAGAAGAGACAAAAGGACAUGGAAGAAAGUGGUGCAAGUGCAAAAUGUGGGAAUGGAAGUACAACAGACAUCCUAGAAGGAGCACCUGCAAGUUCAGAUGACAGGGAUGGAAAUGCAAAUACAUCAGAGACUUCAAAUAUAUCAGAAAAGGAAGGAACUCAAGAGGAGACUGAGAAAUUUAAAAAUGAAAGUUUUGAUGCUUGUGUUGAAGUGAUAACACUUCUUCCAAACAAGGGAGAUAGCACAGAUUUCCCAGCUGGAAAUAUCCCUGUUAGAAUUCAAGAGGAUGCACAAGAAUCAAACUCUUACAGACACUCCAACAAGAAGACAGAGGAUCUCCCAAGAGGGGAGGCAGCCACCCCAAAGGCCAUGCUUCCUGAACUGGAUGAACAUGCUGAAAUGGAGCAGAUCAAACUAGAGACACCAGAGAAACUUUAUCUUGAGGAACUGCCUGAUUUAGAAGAUAUGGAUGUAAAUGAAUUUUCCCCAGAAGAGGAAUUCUUUGUUCAAAAGCAGGAACAUCACCCAAAGAUUGAAAUCAUCUCUGAAACAACAAAUGCCGGUGAUUCCGCGUCAGAGCAGAACAAUCCCAGCGUGCCUGAGAAUUCAGCAGGAGAAGAAGUUCCAACAACCAUUUUUUCAAACGUGUGUAAGAUACACAAAGAGGAUGAGAAGGAACACCUAAGACCCCUCGUUGAAAGCUUCUUGACAGAACCUGCUGAUUCAGAAAGAUACCUGCAGGUCAAAGAUCAACAAGCAGCCCCCUCGAAACCCUUGAUACAAGAGGUUGUCACUGAGCCCAAGGACAAUCUAGUGUUGUCACCAGUCUGCAGUCACCCUGAUGGCCCAUGGGAGGAGGAUGGUAAGACUGCAGUGACUUGCCCUGGUAAGACUACACUGACAUAAUUAAUCAGAGAGAAAUCUGGGUGGCACAUACACCUGGGAUUUUUCCAGCUCUUGUUGACAACAUUUUCAGUCCACUGUUAGUUAACGCUCACCUCUUCCUUCUGUUUGGGUGGGAAUCCUAAUAAAUAAGGAAUUCAAAUGUUAUUUUCUCUUCUUUGACACGGGAGUUCUUGCUGAGUUUUAUUUGAAUGUUUUUUAAAAGUUGGGCUCUACGUUUUUUUUCCAGUAUUAAAGACCACCAGUGAGUUUCUUGUCCCUUUUGCCUUCAUGCUUUUGACAGGGAGUAGCAGAGCUGGAGAAGUACAGGGCCUGGCUGAGGGGGCUGGGUGUCCUCACAAAGCACGUGAUGACAAGGGUGCUGAGAGUGGUUUAGAUUAAUCACUUGGAAAACAAACCAACAGGCCUAAAUCUGGAGCCCAGGGCCUGGCUGCCUGCACGUGCUGAUUCUCAACAUGCCAAGUUUGGCAGUGGGUUCCCUAGAGCUGACAUCAUGCUUAUUAUGGGAGAAAAGGACUUGUGUUCUGGUUGGUCAGAGGCUGUUGCAGCCUCUGGCAUCUGACCUGCAGGGCAGAACUUCUGUGUCAGCCUGAGAGAAGCUGGUCAUCCUGUGUGACCUGCAGGUAACCAGUGAGUGCCCUGUGCUCCCACUGCCAGGGCUGCUCCAAGCUCCUCAGGGCAGCCAGCAGUGCUCACUCCCUUUGGAAGGGUUAAAUUCCAGUCUCUUAGGCCAUUUUUUCCCCUUGCAUCCUUCUAGGAAUUACUGGGUUAUACGUUUAUGUCUCCGGGUUUCAUUACACAGGUGGUUUGAGUGCAUAAUGUCACAUGUUCCUGUCAUGUGAGCUAAAUAAAGAUUCUGCUUGUAACCA